ACAUCUGCGUGAUCUGUGUCCAAAGGUGCCGGUUCUAUCUCAGCUGAUCUGGCCUUACAAAUGUGGCGAGAUCUCCGUGCAGGCCUAUAACGCCAUCCUCAGCCUCGGCCACUUUCUUGUUCGGCCGAAUGAGGGACCUGAUGGUAUCCUUGUUCAAGAGAACGAUGUCCUUCACAAGGCUUGCUCUAAGCGCCUUGGAAAUGCUAUUGAGAUGCCCAUUUCCGCUUUAAAUGGCCUAAUGGCUCACCAGCUCACUGGAAUGCUCCAGCCCCUCUCUCUGCCCUCACCUCCUUGUCGCCGACGACUCUCUCAAUUCCUAUUUAACCUUUCUGGUCCACCAGAUCUGAAACUCUAUCGUCUUCGAUGUCUGCCUUACCUCUCAGCGGGGGUGAAAACAUUUUCCACAGAAACUUGGCCGCAGCUAGUCCGCCACGGACGCCAGCUUAUGCUUACUGGGGCCCCCGUAGAAGACAACAUGGACUGGACUCUUUCGACCACCACCUCCGUUAAAGGCUACAAGCGCUUUCCAGUCGUCGCCUUUUCUGCCAUCGCUCGCGGUGACGGCGCAGCGGAACUGCUUAAUGAUACCUCUCGUUUCUCCGGCUUACUAUCCGAGACAUCUGCCUCGAGCGCCUUCCAGACCCCCUUUAUGGGCACCUGUCGUCCACUAUGCGGCUAUCCUCGUAGCUUAUUUGUAGCCACC